AUGUACAUUGGCGCCGUCUGUGGGAACCUGCGACGAUCGAGCGAGAUGGAGGGCAUCUUGGACGAAAAUCCAUCAAGCCAAGACGACUCCGAACCACGUCAUCCCACCCCAGAGCAACAGGAAGUCAUAAACCAAGCCCGGAUGGCCAGCACCAUCCACCGAACAAACGAGCACAUGGUCACAGAUCCACAACAUCCCGAGCAAGCAAGGGACAAAGCGACACAGAUCAUUCAAGAUCUCUGCCUCCGAGUCCAGGAACUUGAAGGUAAACUCACCGACAAAGGAAAAUACGCCAACCAACACGGAAGCCAGGCAACGUCCAGGCCACGAUCCUAUCGUGGAAGGUCGCCAACACGGCAACACGAGAGAAAAGAUGAUCGUAGCACUUCACGUAACUACCGGCACGAAAGGUCGCCAGAACGGCGACACAGUAAAAAACACCACCGCAGUGCAUCCCACAACCUAAACCGUCAACACGAUUCGGACGAAGACCCCAGACAUCGGCACACAAAGCGCACAAGAAACGACCACGUCAUAAUGGGAGCCACGCCCUUCACAGAAAGAAUCUUAAAAGCAAAGCUUCCCAGAGGCUUCGACAAACCCACCGACAUGAAGUACGACGGAAUUAAAGACCCUCAAGAACACCUAACGGCUUUCGAAGCCAGAAUGAACUUGGAAGGAGCAUCCGACGCAGUCCGAUGCAGAGCCUUCCCGGUGACCCUUGCCGGACCAGCGAUCAAAUGGUUCAACGCCCUCCCGAACGGAUCCAUAACCAGCUUCCACGACAUCACAAGAAAAUUCAUGGCCCAAUUCACGACCCGAAUCACCAAGGCCAAACACCCCAUCAGCUUGCUAGGGGUCACACAAAAACAAGAAGAAUCUACAAGAAAAUACCUCGACCGCUUUAACGACGAAUGCCUGACUGUCGACGGACUCACGGACUCCGUUGCCAGCCUCUGCCUAACUAACGGACUUAUGAAUGAAGACUUUCGCAAACAUCUCACCACCAAACCAGUAUGGACCAUGCACGAAAUCCAGAACGUCGCCAAAGAUUACAUCAACGACGAAGAGGUUAGCCAGGUCGUCGCUGCCAACAAGCGGCAGCACGGCAACCCGACUCCCCGUCAUAACCCUCCACCCAAAGAAAACCAACGAGACCACCUCAAGCCGACCCACCGACCACCAAGAAUAGGAAAAUUCUCCAAUUACACCCCCCUAACAGCACCGAUUACUGAGAUAUACCACCAAAUAGCAGAUCGAGGCGUCAUCCCCAAAGCCCGACCACUCAAGGAAAGAACAGGAGGAAACAAAGCCCUCUACUGCGACUACCACCGAGGUUACGGACACAAAACACAAGAUUGCUUUGACCUUAAAGACGCUAUCGAACAGGCUAUACGAGACGGCAAACUCCCGGAGUUCGCCAAAUUCAUCAGAGAGCCAAGGCGUGCCAACAUCGACAAGUCACCAGAAAGAGAAGGGCGCAACCCAAGAACCCAAAAGCCGCCCCUCAGGGAAAACCCCGAAGAGGAUCCGACCAUCAUAGUGAACGUCAUCACGGGCAAGGACGUACCGAACAAGUCAAAGCUAACAAUGAAAAAGGACCUCAAAAUAAUGGCCGUCAGGCACCGCGACCCAGUCACCAUAGCCGACGGCACGAUAACUUUCUUACCGGAAGACUGCCAACACGGCACGUCGGCCGAAGACGCCCCCUUCGUCAUAUCAGCCUGA